GCCGGCUAGAGAAAAUCAUAAAGUAAAUUUCGGCACUUUGUCACUCGAGUACUUAAAGUAUUCUGAUCCUAGGACAAGCAAACAUUCCAAAGCGUGGUUGGUUGUUAAAGAAAGCUCGGCCGUUAUCAUGCUUGGGCGGGGUCGCGGCUAGCUUGUACUCCUAGUUCCCUGCGGAAGCGUACUAGGCUAUGCGGUAUUCAUCAUUAACACGAUAUGUCUGAAGGAAAACAACUUUCUAAAUGGUCAGAGGUGCUAGAAUUUGAUCGCCAUAGCCCAAUCACGGCGUCGCUUUACCAAUCACUCACGUUGAGCGACUGUUUGCUGCUUUGUCAAACUUGCAGGUAUUUAUAUGAGAAGAGGGCGACCAUAUUAUCGCAUUUUACAGAUCUCAAUACUCGCUUACUCCACUAUUUCAACGAUCCAGUGAAAUUUCGGCGCCGACAAGGCGACAGCAACGCUUUACUAUCGGGGCCCUUCGUUCUACAUGCCCUAGAAUGUUAUUCUGGAACGACAUCCAUGCUCGAUAUCUACGUCAGACGGGGAUUCGACGCGGACGAGCUCACUGAUUUCCUUGAGAAUUCGGAAAAAUACGAGAUUUGUAGUAUAAUUUUCAAGAUUGUCUAUCGCCGCGAAGGGCGAGACAGCUAAAAUGUUCGUGUUCAUAUAACCAGUCAACUACCGAUCUAUGACAUCCUUACAAACACUGGCACAUCGGCCAACAUCAACGUUAUUAGCUGGAAUAAGCUGUAUAGCGUAUUCCCGAGGCAAACGCUAUUAUCCCACCGUUUCUACCCGAUGAAGCUCCCAGAUGACAGCUUUGGGUUGGAAUUAAGAGAACUUGCGGAUCAAGGGUGGUCGGCUCGAGACAUCAUUUGGCCAGACUUUAAAGAUAAGGAUGCUGAUCUGGCCGAUGGAAUCCGGCGUGUGGGUGACAACAAGUCCUUGAUUUUGCGUUUGAAUAUCGAUGGGAUUCAAGUGCCCGACAUUCCUGAUUCUGCAAUUGAAUAUUGUCAAUUUGAGGUUUCUUGCGUUCUGAGAAAAAACAUUCGACAACGAUUUCUUAAUAUUCACGGCACCAUUCUAUCGUCGCCAUCCUUAUUCUACGAAUACACCCACGCAUGCGGAGCUUGGCACGCGUUUCUUAACACCAGACUCACUCGCUGGAGCUGGCUACAGUAUUUUAAAGUUGACCCAGAACUAAGGUUUCGGGAUCAGCUGGUUGGGGGCAUUUUAACGUCUAACAUUCCAAGUGUUAUGAUGUCGGAAGACUGGGACUAUGCGGAUGAUCAAAUACCCAUAUGGUUCAAGGAUUGGGAAGUUACUGGAAAACCAUAUUCAAAUUAGUCUGACAACAAAUUAAAGUAUCUCUUUUAUGUUGUAAAUGUGCACGGACUUCAAUAUUCAUUUCUGAUUGCGAAACGGCCCUCUGCUGCGAACCUCCUCC